AUGGUACUCCAUAAACUGAACAACAGAUACCGAUGCGGGGAGUGUGGGGUGGUCUUUUGUGGGUCGUGCCGCGAGCACCCAUAUCACCUCGGGAUCUCCUGUGCAGCGCAUGCUGUGCGGCUUGCUGCCCCCAAGUGCCGCUUCUGUGGGGAACGGGUCGAAUGGGGUGGGAUGGACCUGGACUGGAAUGAGGAGGCUGGAGAGGAGGAGGAGAGAGGUGAUGGUGUUGGUGAAGGUAGGAAGAAGGAUGGAGAAGACGCUGCUAAGCGGCUCGCGGAGCUGGUUGCAUUCCAUGGUGACACGAUUACAAGCAGCAACAGCGGCGGUGGUGGCGGCAGCAGCGGCCAGGCUCCUCAAGACACGAGCAACUGGAGCUGGAACGAGGGAGAGAUGAGGGAGCUUCUUGCAGCAGUAGGCGUAGACACGAGCUGGUGCGUGAGCAAAGCCGACCUGGCAGCAGUGGCAGCUGCAGCAGUCUGUGUGUGUGGCGAGGAGCAAUGCAGGGAGCGGCUGAGGGACGCAUGCACGCGGGUUGGUCCAUGUGGGCACGCGUGUGGGGGAGUGAGAGGGGAGGUGGACUGCCUACCAUGCCUGCAUGAUGCCUGUGUGGAGGAGAGAGAUGCAGCUGCUGCUGCCGCUCCCUCUGCUGCUGCUGCAACAGCCGCCUCUGGUUCUGGCGCUGGUGCUUUUGGUGGUGCUGCUGCUCCCGGUUCUGUUGCUGCUGCUGCUGCUGCUGCUGCUGCUGCCGCCCCUUGCCCCAUGCCGCCCCUCCCCUGUGCCAGCGACUUUUGUCCCAUCUGCUGGGUGGAGCCGAUCGCCGCCGCCCCAGCCAUCCGGCUGUUGUCCUGUGGCCACGUGGUGCAUGCAGCAUGCGCGAGGGAGAAGAUUUGCCAAUCAUUUCCUGGUCCUGAGAUCUCCUUCGGUUUCCUAUCUUGCCCGCUCUGCCCUGAUACGACGAUGGAUCAUCCUGCGCUCCAGACAGAGCUUGCCGCCCCGCUGGCUCUGAAGCAGCAAGUGGAGAGAUUAGCGGAGGAGAGAGUGAAAGCUGGAGAGGGGCUUGGGGAUGGGGAAGAGGAAAAUGGGAAUGGCGGUUUAGGGAACAAUGUGUUGGCGCGGGCGCUGCGUCGGUUGCUGUUCUUCCUCUGCUCGCGCUGCCACCGCCCGUACUUUGGUGGGGAUCGUAGGUGCGGUGCCGGACCUGCUGCUGCCGAGCCUGAGAAUGUGGAUGGGGAGGAGGGGGAGGGAGAGGAGAUGGAGGAAGGCGAGAGAGAGGGAGGGGGGGUCGAACGAGCAGGGGAAGUGGGUGGGCAGGGUCAGCGAGAAAAUGAGCUGGUGUGUGGUGAAUGCUUGGCAGUUGAAGCAGCUGCAAAGCAAAAGGCAGCAGCAGAAGCAGCAGCGGCAGCAGCAGCAGCGGCGGAGGAGGAGAGAGAAAGGAGGGAGCGGCUGUGGGAAGCAGGCAAGCCGUGCAGCAGCAACCAUGGGAAGGAGGCCGUGCAGUACAAGUGCCAAUUCUGCUGCUCGGUCGCCACUUACUUCUGUAACGGCACCACACACUACUGUGCAGAGUGCCACCAGACCCUCCCGAAUUACAGAAGCUCCUCGUACGUUGCACCGCGCUGCACCGGGGGGGACCAGUGCCCGUUGCGUGUGGCGUGGCACCCGCAAGCUCCUGAGGAGUUCUGCCUCGGGUCAACUUUUGUCCCAUCUGCUGGGUGGAGCCGUUUGCUGCCGCCCGUGCCAUCCGCCUGUUGUCCUGCGGCCACGUGGUCCACGCAACAAGUGGAGGGGUUGGCAGAGGAGAGGGUGAAGGCUAGGGAGGGGCUUGGGGAUGUGGAGGAGGAAGAUGGGGAUGGGGAGGAGGAAGAUGGGGAUGGGGAGGAGGAAGAUGGGGAUGGGGAGGAGGAAGAUGGGGAUGGGGAGGAGGCCAACGGGAAUUAUGGUCUUGGGAACGGUUUGUUGGAAGUGGCGUUGCAUCGGUUGCUGUUCUUCCUCUGCUCGUGCUGCCACCGCCCGUAA